AUGCUCACUGUUGUUGGGGCGCCUCCAUCUCAUACGAUCGCUUCCGAAGUUGCCACAAAUCUUGCUGGUGCCUAUCUGCGAAAGAAGUCAGGUGUCAUGGGUCAACCAGCUCUCUCGGUCGAGGACGAGAAUGCAGUUGUGGAGCGGGUUGAGCGUUGGCUGAAUCAUGGAUUCUUUCCUUAUAACAUGUUGGCCAAGGAUACAGCCAAUGCAUAUUUGCAUACCCACCAGAGCUCCCGCCAGAGACCGAAUCUCAACGUCGGUUGGCAGAAGGGUUUCUGGAUGCGUCACCAAAAACUUGCUGAUUACAUAGCUAAAGAGCGCAGUACAUUAAAAUUGAAAGGUCCGCAUGAAGAUCGCAGAGCCUGGAAGUUCUUUCAAGCAUUCAAAGAUGUCAAGCAGCGGUGCCAGGUUUUUAACGACAACAUCUAUGCUAUGGAAGACGCCGCAUUUGUUACCACUAUGUAUCGAAAGGCAAGCACUAUGUUUGUUCGACCAAUGAAUCAACAUCACAAAAGAGAAGAACGGGCAUUCUCAUCUGUUAUCCACUGCUGCUCAACGCGAGGGAAGCAUCUGCCCCCCUACAUCGUCUGCAGGAGCCAGGAUCCACCGCAGACCAAGAACUUUGAUCGAAUCAAGGUUUCUUUCACCCAGUCAGGUUGGGCGGAGGCAAAUCAUGCACUGGACUGGCUAAAGACCGUGUUUGAGCCUGAGACCCGCCCUCGAGGUCGGCGUGAAGCAUGGAGAAUUCUGCUGAUUUCCUAUCGAUUUCGCAUAGUCUUUCCUGAGUUCGAAAAGUUCUGCUGGGACCACAGGAUUGCUUGCCUUUCCUUUCCCAAGAACGAUCAACAGUUCUUCAACCCGAUGGAAAACAUUGCUUUCGGGGCUAUGCAAAAGAGCUAUACGGACUACAUGAGAAAGAGAUUCUCCGAUAACAAUGAAACUGCUAUUACACUGGAGGUGAGGGAGUUCGCGUCGUGGAUCGAUGGAGAGGUAUCUUCGUCUAAACGGGCGGAAGAAGCUGCCGAUGUCUGGCGUCAAAGCUGUCUUGUGCCCCUGGAUGAAUUCCGCCUUCGCAACUGCCUCCAAGGGAAUCGAGCUACGGCCGUGCCAGAGGAUAGAACCUCCAUCCUUGAUAGCCGUCUCUACUCGGACGAUCCUCCAAUAAUAACGAGAACCCGAACUACACCUCGAACAAGUGUACCUUUACCCGUCAUCCCAUCCACAGAGGAAUUGAGGCCACGCUCCAGCCCCGAGUAUACACCUCCGUCCCCCGAGCAAUCACGGGAGAGCCAAGAGGGAGACGAUAGCUUUGAAUCAGAGGACGAUCAAUCCAGCAGUGAACGAGAGACCUUCGAACAUCACCAGCCGAUUACACCGUGCAGGACACCUAGAUUGCUGAAGACCCCUCGGGCCAAGACCCUGGAGGCAGAUCCAUUGGAUUCAGUAAUGUCGUCCAAGAAGCACCGAGAUAUCUUGGAUAAAUGCAUAGAAGGGUCACCUAGGACGCAAAAGAGGUAUCGCGAUGAUUUGAUUCUGGAUCGUGGGGAUCUUGAGAAAGAGAAUGCCCGUCUGAAAGAAAGGGUUGCCCUUUUGGAGCAGUUUGCGGUUAAGCGACCGAGAUUGGACUGA